AUGGAGAAGAAAGAUGACAAGGGCUAUGAGUUCUCAAACGAUUCCACAACAUGCAAGUACUUGGAAAUUCUUAACAACAUAGAGUCGAUUAGAAGAGACCGAGAUGAUGUUUUAUCGGCGCAUUUCAACGAAGUGAACAUCUAUAACAUAAACGAGCUAGAGGAUAGGAACGCUGUGAUCAGGAGACUUAUAAACAAAGAGCUUACGUAUCCGAAUGCAUUUCUUGCAUCAUCGCUCGGAUUCAAUAAAACCACGUGGAAUCGUGACUACGAAAGGACACUAAGGGAAGUCGGGAUGUACAAGCGCCCAAGAUAUAGCACGCUAAGGAACAUGCUGCUGUUUGAGAAGCUGAAGUGGCUUGUUGUCAGGUAUCAUGAGGCGAAGCAAAAGAAGAAGCAGUGA